UUUUAAGCACUUAGGAUUUCUAAUUCAAUUAGGAAUUGUUUUAGUUGAAUAAGUUCCUAGAUUGAUUAGGACUUGUUUUUAGCUAAGCGAGUUUCUAAGUUGAUUAUGACUUGUUUUUAGCAAAGUGAGUUCCUAAGAUGAUUAGGAAUUGUUUUUAGUCUAGGGGCGUCAAUAAUGAAGCUUGGAGUGAUUAAAUAACUAAAUCAAAGUUAUCCUAAUGGAGUUAUACAAUCCGUGGGAUUUGUUUAAGGGUUAGAGUUUUAAUUCUAGUGGGUUUAGGAUAGUUGAGUCUAGUCUAUAAAUAAGCGACUUGUAAUCUUCGAAUUAUUCAACAAGUUUAAUCAUACAAUUCAUAAUAAUUUGCUUAUUGCUUUUGUUUAAGUUGGAUUACUUAAAGUCUUGAUUGGUGGAUUCUAAUUUGCUGUUUUGUUUGUUUUAGUUAAAAUAAACAUCUAUGUUGAUUAGUUGGGUAGAAUCUUAUUUAAUUAAUCUAAGUUUCUUACUUAAUUCUUGGUGAAUUUUCUGUAUAGAGUUAAGUUUGAUUCAUAUCUUCUGUGAGGCUUAGUUUUCGGACUACAAAUCACAUUAUUUUCACUCUCCUCAAUUUCAUCUUCAUCAAUGGAUGCCCUAGAUCAAGUUUUCGAUCCUUUGAGAGAUUUCGCUAAGGACAGCGUUCGUCUUGUUAAGCGUUGCCACAAACCCGAUCAAAAAGAGUUUACGAAGGUGGUCCGUACUGCUGUUGGAUUCGUUGUAAUGGGUUUUGUGGGUUUCUUCGUCAAGCUCAUCUUUAUCCCGAUCAACAACAUUAUUGUUGGAUCUACUUAGAUUGAUUG